CAAAAGAAAAAACAAAUCAUCAGUUCCCUGGGCCAGGCCAACACUCUCUUCUUCCCCGAUUUUCUCCAUUUCUUACCUCUCCGAUUAUCCCAAUCCGCCACAACCUUGAACCUUCUGUACGUUCGUUUCUUCUCCUCUUUUGUUGCUAAUUGUCCUCAAGGUCCUCUCGCUGCUGUCGAUCACCAAUGGAGUGGGGUAACGUGACAGCGGAAGACUUAAUCGACGCACUCCGCGAAGUCGACUGGUCAUCACCGCCGCGCCCUCUGGCGGAGUUCUUCUCUAGAUUCACCGUCCCUAAAUCCUCCGCCGCAUGGAACAGCCGCCUCAAAUGCAAUCUCUACUAGUAACGCUCUCUCUCCCUUAUCUCUCUGCUCUAUUUUAGUCCCGAUCGCGGUACAAUUAGACCAUGAAAGCCAAUUAGGCAGCUAUCGGACGAAUUACUUCAUUAUGAUCGUUCUAAUUCUCGGUCUCGGUUUUCUCAGAAGGCCUCUUUCUAUUGUGGCGGCUCUUUCCACCGCUCUUUGCUUCGCUUUUCUGAAUGACAGCUUUGCAGGGACCUUCAGUGAGAAGGUAACAAGAACUGUGAGGCAAUUCUCUCCGCAUUUAGCUGCAAAGAUGCGUCCUCCUUUCACACCUGUCAUUCGUGGGCGCCGAUCUGCUAAGAGAUCGAUAUACAUAUGUGGCCAGCCUCGUUCAGCGUUUGUUGCAGCAGCCUCACUUGUGAGUUUCUUCCUUUGGUAUGUCUCAUGUGGGCUCCUCACUCUCUCAUGGGCGCUCGCCAUUGGACUUCUUGCCACUAUAAUUCAUGCUAGCUCUAGAACACCUAAUCUCAAAGCUCGACUCAACACAUUCAGAGAGGAAUUCCGGCAUGUCUGGCGCAACCACAAUGUUCUGUAGCUUAUAGCUGGGAGUUGAGGAUAGCCGCUUUUGUUGAAUAUGAAGCUCGUUCUGUUGCUGCUGCUAACUGGUAUGCAAAAGCUCAGCUGAAGGUUUGCCGAAUUUCUUGCAAGCUCCUGGAAGCAUGUAAAUCACCAGGCCUCUUCAUUCUGUAAAGCCAACUAUCUAUCACUCUUUAUUGAUUCUUUUUAAAAAAUAGCUUCCAUUUAUAGUCCAUGCGCGAGGGAAGUUCUGAUGCAUUAGGAAGCAUGGACCAUUAUUACGGUUUACGGACCUGGUUAAAAGCCUGUUGAUGUCAAGAGAUCAGGCAUGACUUCCGCAUAAAAAGUAUUGAGUAGUGUUUCAAAUUGUAUUAGUUGUUUUCGGACUGUAGUCCUUUACUCCUUUACCCUUUCUCUUUGUUGUUGUUGUAGUUGAUUGAUACAUUGAAAUUACCUUAAACUUCAACGAGUAUCAUAUAUAGAAUAGAUUAUAGAAUACAGCGUUUGGG